AUGGCAGGAUUUGGGCGCUCAAACUCGUUGAGUAUCAAUACUGGUGGGGGUGGAUUGUUCGGAAACAACGCGAACCAAGGGCAGCAGGCAAGCCAGCCUCAGAGCAGCGGAGGGCUCUUUGGGUCUACCCAGCAACCACAACAAGCACAGUCAGGAUCGCUCUUCGGCGGCCAAACCCAGACUUCCCAGCCCUCAAGCGGCAGCCUCUUUGGCAAUCUGAACAAGCCUGCGACGACAGCGCCGGCGAGCGGAGGCCUCUUUGGCUCAUCUACAGCGCAAUCAACACAGCCCCAGAGCGGAGGCUUGUUCGGCGGCGCGUUGGGCGGAAACACUCAAAAUCAGACGCAGAACGCGCCCCAAUCCGGUGGGCUAUUCGGAGGCGCCCAGUCGAAGCCGUCACUAUUCGCCUCUUCAACACAACAGACAACAACACCCUCUUUAUUCGGAAACAAUACAUCCACUCAGCAAAACCAAACAUCGACCCCGUCGCUUUUUGGUUCGACCCAACAGCAGGCUCAGCCACAGCAGCAAAACAGUCUUUUCGGUGGCACCAACACACAAAACAGGUCGAAUACACUUGGUGGCUCUACGCUUGGAGGAACCCAGAUGAGCUCAAGCGCACAGCCGGUUCAGAUGACCCUGGACUCGAUACGAGGGACUACGCGGUUCAACGACCUGCACCCCGAAAUACAAAACCUCAUUCAGCAAUUCGACGACGGCAUUCAGCGCAAGGUCAACUACUGCAACCAGAUCCGCGAGGCUCUUCCCGGCAGUGAGGGCGACAUUUCCACUAUCGCGCCCGACGUAACAUACAUCGAGACCAUCCUCUCCACCGUCGAAGUCGGCCUGGACAACGAUUCUGCCAACAUUGCACACCUCAAAAAUCUUGUCAAGAAAGACGCCGACGACGCGACUCUCAGCUUCCGUGCCAUCGAAAAUCAACGGCUGCCAGCACAAUUUCAUUACCGCAAUAAUGCGAACCUUACAGCUUCAAGCACAAAGGCCCCCGCAACAAGCGCUCUGGACGAUGACGACCCGACGAAGCCUGUUGACCUGAUGGGCUACUUCAACCGCCGUACCGAUGAGCUCGGCAGUACUCUGGAUGUGUACCAGCGCCAGAUCCGUGAGAUUGAAGCACACUUACGAACGAUGGAGGCUGGUACGAUGGAGAAGGCUCAGCAACUGACUGGCAGCCGAAGCGCGCCACGUGAUCAGCGCCGUGAGCUCGUCGAAGCUCUCAAGGCCAUUGAGGGGGCUAUCCUCGACUCAGCCAAGAAAGUGGGCAAGCGUUUGCAGUCAAAGCGGAAUAUCAUCACGAAAUGCUUUGUCACGGCGGACGUUAGUCAAGCUUUCCAAAUGCUGAGCCGCCGUUCCAUGUUCUCUCGUACACUGCGGCUCAGGGCAAUCUCGAAACGUUCUUCCUUUGCGAUACGACAUACACGACCUUUUAUCGUAACAUCAAGCCGCGCAGCCAUGGACAAAGCGCCUCAGCAAGAUAGCAAGGAUGAGAAGGGGUCUAUCCUUGAUUGGGUCAAACCUGGUGACAAGAGUGGCGAGUUUAAACGCCAAACGUCCGUCUUCAGGAACUGGAUUCAGAACAAACCCGGUGCUGAGUUUCCGCCUGAGAAAGGUCGAUACCAUCUCUACGUUUCCUACGCUUGUCCAUGGGCCCACCGCACACUCAUCGUCCGUCACCUAAAGGGCCUCGAGGAUAUCAUCUCCUAUAACAGUGUACACUGGCACAUGGCGGAGAAAGGCUGGCGAUUCGCAACCCCCGAUGAGCAGGUUCCAGGUAACACAACACCAGACCCACUCCACAAUGAAUACACGCAUCUACGUGACAUCUACUUUGAGCAGAACCCAGACUAUGAGGGUCGGUUCACUGUACCAACGCUCUACGAUAAGAAAGCCAAGAAGAUCGUCAGCAACGAGAGCGCCGAGAUUAUCAGGAUGCUGUACACCGAAUUUGACGAUAUCAUCGAGGAGAAGUACAGGAAGGUGGAUUUGUUUCCCAAAGAUCUCCAGAAGGAUAUCGAGGCUAUGAACGACUGGGUAUACAACGAUGUAAACAACGGUGUUUACAAGUCAGGGUUCGCUACCACCGAAGAGGCCUACACAAAAGCUGUGACACAGCUUUUCAAGUCUCUUGAUCGCCUGGAAGAGUCUUUGUCCGAGUCUUCGACACCAUACCUUCUUUCAAGCCCACAUGUGACUGAGGCUGAUAUCCGUCUCUUCACAACUAUCAUUCGCUUCGAUCCCGUCUAUGUCCAGCAUUUUAAGUGCAACAUCCGCGAUAUUAGAUCGGGAUACCCUCUUAUACACCAGUGGAUGCGUCAUUUGUACUGGGACUACCCCGCUUUCAAAGAGACCACAGACUUUGAACACAUCAAGAAGCACUAUACCAAGAGUCAUGGUCAGAUCAACAAGUUCCAGAUUACGCCCAUUGGCCCUGUGCCAGAUAUUCUUGAGAAAGAGGAUGAAGUGCCUAGCGUGAAGGCCGUAAUGAAGAAAUAG